AAAUGGGAGGAUACAGUUCUAUCUCAGUCUGAGCGGAGCAAAGUUGAUAUCACCGAUGAGCAACCAGAAUUAUACUUGAGGGAAUAAGCGAACAAGAAGAAACAAGAAUAAUAACAAGAAGAAGAAGAAGAAAAACAAGAAGAAGAACGUUGAGAACGUAAUUCCACUUGUACGUACUGAAUUUUCUUCUUCCCAUCCCCCCUUGUCCCCCCAUUUCCCCCUAUAUCACCUAUACCACCUGAUUUAAACGAUUACUAAAACUAGAAGAAGAAGAAGAAAAAGAAGAAGAAGAAGAAAAAGAGGGAAAAUACGAUUGAGGAAAAGAAAAAUAAGUGAAAUAAAACGAAGUAGGAGAUAACAGGUUUCACCCUGAGUCACUCACUCACUGUUCACCGAUUCGUUAAGAUGUCGUUCACAAUGCAACAGAAUUGAUGAUAAAAAGGAAAAAGAGGGAAUAGUAGGAAGAGGAAAAGGAACGAACGGAAGACAGUUUUAAGGAAAAUCAAAAAAUAUAAAGGAAUAUAUAUCAAGUUUUAAGUUAUAAAAGAAAGUUUCAUUUAUAAUAGAUACAUAGAUUUCUAUAAAAACAGUCUCGAGAGUUCACUGGUAUUUUUAUCUCUUAAUAUAGAAGUAUAGGUAUUUCCUAUAUAUAUACAAGAGAAAUUCUUUUGGUUGGUUGAAGGAGGGCACGACUAAGAGAUUGUUAAAACGUGUGAAAGGACGACGCUACGACACAACGACGACAACGUUCUUGUAUACGUGAAUAAAACAAAAAUAGAAAAGAAACCAAAAAAAAACAACAACAACAACAACAAGAACAACAAGCAAGAAAAAAUAUAACUAUUUAUAAUAAGUGACAAAAUUACAUAUGCGUAUGAUGUAAUUCGAAUUCUCGUGCAAUUAAAAGAAUUUGUUUAUCGUUAGAAGAAGAAGGCAAAAAAAAAAAAAGCAACAAAAAAAAAAGAAGAAAAGAGAGAAUAAGGAAAUAAAUAUCCAAGAAGAAGAAGAAGAAGAAUACGCGGUUCUGUAAAGAAAGUAGAAAUUUUGUUGAAAUCUUUACAUCGUGAAGAGAAAAAUAAGAAGAAUAAGAAGAUGAAAUAUUUAACAGAAAUUAAAAGUCUAGACAUGGGUACCCUGCAACAACAAUCAAUUUUAAAAGGCCACCAAGUGAACGGGAACGGAGAAGUGGAAUUACUUCACAAAUUGUUCACCGAGACAGCAAUUAGACAUGCCGAUGACAUUGCUAUCAUUUACGAAGAUAUCAACGGUGAGAUAACCGAGAUGACAUAUAAAAAAUUAAACAAAUUAACCAACAAAUUAGCGAGAACUUUGAGAAAAUACGAUGGGAAUGCUGAAAUAACUGGUCAACCCUUGAUAGCAGUUUCCAUGAGACCAACCGAAAAAUUGCCAAUUAUUUUAUUAUCUAUAUUGAAAGCUGGCAUGAUUUAUUUACCAUUGGAUCCUGAAUUCCCAUCAGCUAGGUUGAAACACAUCUUACAGGAAGCCGAACCUACGUUGGUGAUGAUUGAGAAUGAUGCUAACAAUUCGUUGUAUUCCGAUACCGUAACAAAAACUUAUGAACAAUUAUUGGACGAGGCACGGUUUGAAUGUGACGAUGAUUUGGAAUACAAUGAUAAUCCUAAACAAUUGGCUAUCGUACUUUACACUUCCGGUAGCACAGGAAUUCCAAAAGGUGUGUUGAUACGUCAUUCGACGAUUUUGAAUCGAUUGAACUGGCAAUGGAGAGAAUUACCAUAUUUCACGGACGAGAAUCGUUGUAUAUUUAAAACAGCGUUAACUUUCGUCGACAGUGUGCCCGAAAUUUGGGGUCCAUUGUUAAAGGGACGUACUUUGGUCGUUGUACCUAAAGAUGUUACCAAAAAUCCAGAAAAAUUCGUACGAACGUUGGAGAAAUACGAGAUCAAACGAUUGGUAUUGGUGCCAUCCCUUCUACGAUCCAUGGUGAUGUAUCUCAAACUUCAGAAUAAACAAAACGUGCUACCUUGUUUAAAACUUUGGAUUUGUUCCGGUGAGAUAUUAUCGAUUGCUCAAGCAACCGAGUUUUUCGUUGCCUUUCACGGUAAUAAUAGAAUGUUGGCGAAUUUUUAUGGUAGCACUGAAAUCAUGGGCGAUGUUACUUACCAUAUAAUGCAAAAUUGCAAUGAUCUACAAUUGUUGGAAAAGGUACCGAUCGGUAAACCUUUGGACAAUUGUAUCGUUUAUUUGGUUAACGAGGACAUGCGUUUAGUUUCUCAAGAAGAAAUUGGUGAAAUAUUGGUAGCUGGUAAAAAUUUAGCAGCUGGUUAUUUACGUGAUCGAGAUUCCCAUAAGUUUUUGGAUAACCCUUAUGCAAUAGAUCCAGAUUAUUCGAGAUUAUUUCGUACCGGUGAUUAUGCAAGAAUCGUCAAAGGAACUAUGGUUUACGAGGGACGUGUCGAUUCGCAAGUCAAAAUUCGAGGACAUCGAGUUGAUCUAUCCGAGGUAGAAAAAAUUAUUUCAAGAAUAUCGGAGAUCGAUAAGGUUGUCGUACUUUGUUACAAACCAGGCGACAUAUCACAGGAAUUGUUGGCGUUUAUAACGGUAAAGAAUGAUACGAAGAUUUCUAGUAGGGAGAUCGAAAUUGCAUUGCAAAAGAGAAUGCCACUUUAUAUGCAACCACAAGUUAUAAUCGUUAAUCACAUACCGCUUUUAACGAACGGUAAAACCGAUCGACAGACGCUGCUAAAGCAAUAUGAAUCAUCUAUGCUCAUUAAUGGAAACAACGAAAUCGCUAAUUGCGAUUAUACAGGUGUAUCGGAAGAGGAUCUUCCCAAAGCUAAAGUAUUGUUUCCCACAAUUGCAACUGUGAUUGGUGGUAGCAAUCGUGGUACCGUUAAUUUAAAAGGAAACUUUUACGAAUUAGGUGGUAAUUCAUUGAAUUCUAUAUACACCGUUACGAAAUUAAGGGAUCAAGGUUAUUGCAUAGGUAUUACGGAAUUUAUUACGGCUAAAACAAUGGGUGAUGUAUUAAGACUGAUGAAACGUAACGUUAAAGAUGACAAUUUGAAAGAGAACAUUGACGAGGAACAACGAUAUUACGAAAUGUUGAACGAUUCUCACAAAGAAGAUACGAUAAAGAUUAUCACAGAAAGUUUUUAUUCGAAGGCUGAUUUAGAACAAUGGUUGAUAGAUGACAUUAAAAGAGAAGAUUAUCGAUUGUUAAUGGACAAGUUGUGGGGACCGUUGGUUGAAAAAGAUUUAAGUUUCGUCGUGAAAUCAUUGCAAAACAAUCAAGUGAUCGCCGUUGGUUUGAAUUUUGAUUUGUGGGAUGAACCAGAAGUAGAAAUUGAUUCGAAAUUGUCGAUAAUAUUCGAAUUUUUGGAAUAUUUGGAAAAACCAAUUAGGGAGAAAAAAUUGCCUAAAGGCAGAGGACAAAUAAUACAUAAUUUUAUGAUGGCAACUCAUGCCGAUUUAGCACCUGGUGAAAAUGUUAUUAUCAUGGGAGAAAUGGAAGAAUAUUGUUUAAGAAUUGCCAGGAAAAAGGAAUACGCUGGUAUCUUCACGACAAAUACGAGCCCCUUAACGCAGCAACUUGCUAUAGACGUGUAUGCAUAUAAAACAAUGCUAACGUACCGAGUGAACGAAUAUGUAACACCGGAUAAUUCAAAGCCAUUCGGUAAGGCACCGGACUCUCAAUUGGCAAUUUGCUCAUUGAAAAUGAUUGACUAGCUGAAAAAGAAGAUGAAAAAAAAACAAGAAAAAUUGUUGCAAUUUAUCACCGUGUAAAUAGCUUAGCUACUGCCCCCAACCCCUUCUAACGUGUACGAUCGAUACAUAUCAUAGACUUUCAGAUUUUCAUAGAAACUUUAAUGUUAAUUAAAUUAUAUUCCCAUGAAUACAGAAUUCUUUGAUAGAAUAUAAUAGUAUAGUUAUGUUGUAAUAGAAUUUUAGAUAAAUAUAUUUAAUUUUGAAU